AAGCCGUUUCCGGCCACCUCAGCGGGAAGCGGAGACGCCAGCCGCUUAGCUGUCGGGGAGCUGAGCUGGGGGUGUAACUAGCCACCGCGGGCGAAGGGAGGGCAGUGAGUGAGGCGGCCCGGGUCUCCGGAGUCAGGGAAGAUGGUGCUGCUGACGAUGAUCGCCCGCGUGGCGGACGGGCUUCCCCUGGCCGCGUCGAUGCAGGAGGACGAACAGUCAGGCCGGGACCUUCAGCAGUAUCAGAGUCAGGCUAAGCAGCUCUUUCGAAAGCUGAAUGAGCAGUCCCCUACCAGAUGUACGUUGGAAGCAGGCGCCAUGACUUUUCACUACAUUAUUGAGCAGGGGGUAUGUUACCUGGUUUUGUGUGAAGCUGCCUUCCCUAAGAAGUUGGCUUUUGCCUACCUAGAAGACUUGCACUCUGAAUUUGAUGAACAGCAUGGGAAGAAGGUGCCCACUGUUUCUAGGCCCUAUUCCUUCAUUGAGUUUGAUACCUUCAUUCAGAAAACCAAGAAACUCUACAUUGAUAGUCGUGCUCGGAGAAAUCUCGGCUCCAUCAACACUGAACUGCAAGAUGUGCAGAGGAUCAUGGUGGCCAAUAUCGAAGAAGUCUUGCAGCGGGGAGAAGCACUGUCAGCAUUGGAUUCAAAGGCUAACAACUUGUCCAGUCUAUCUAAGAAAUACCGCCAGGAUGCAAAGUACCUGAACAUGCGUUCCACUUAUGCCAAACUUGCAGCAGUAGCUGUGUUUUUCAUCAUGCUGAUAGUGUAUGUGCGGUUUUGGUGGCUGUGAGGUAGUGAGCCUAGUCACUGGUAAGGGAGAACCUAGAACCCAGCAGGUGUAUGUUUUCAGGAAACUGAGCUCACAGGGCUGUGUAUUAGAACCCAAGUGGAACUUCUGCCUCUCAAGACCUUGCAAGAAAAGACCUGUCCUGAAAAUGAAAGCUGGUGCCUCGUUUAAGUAAGCUUGGCCCACAUGGUAGUCUCUCUGGGGGCAGAGACUCUCUGGGUGCUAAGCCAUAUAUGUUAGGGAACAAUAGAUUGUUUGUUUUGUUUCUUUCCCUCCCAGUACAUUCAUAAGACAGCAGAACUGGGGCAUUUUCUCUCUCUCUCUCUCUCUCUGAUGGAGCCAUCAGUGAGAUAUAAGCCAACCCAUGCUAGCAACAUCCUGAAAUUCCUUCAAAGAAGGUGGCCCUUUGGCGAGUCUUAACUCUAAUGGACAUUCCUUUGUUGGUGACAUUUGCGACUGACUUCCAAGUAAGACUCAAAGUGUUUGAAGGUUAAUUGCUUUGACGCACAGGGCUGUGUGUGGGCCACUGUGGAAAGUUAACCUUUGAUAUUUCCCUUUUAUAUUUUGCUUAUUGCACAGUUGCUUUGGGGUUAAAUCAAUUACAUUAAUAUACCUUGAAAUUAUAUUGUAUUGCUUGACUAAAAGGAUGAAUUUUUCUGUCAUUUCUUUUUGUUUGUUUGUUUUUAUUGUUUUAUUUUUUGUUUUGUUGAGACAGGCUAUCUAGCCUCAGCUGUCCUGGAACUCAGAUAGACCAUGCUGGCCUCGAGGUUACAGAGUUCCCCCGCCUCCUCAUUUACUUUUUAAUUCUCUUGGGACAUUAUUGUUUUGGAGUGUUUGGUCACUGUAGAGUGAGCGUAGCACAGGGUAGUCAGAGGCCCUGCUUUAUGAAAAGAAAGGCCCAGCUCAGAACUCCAGCUCUGUCCUGCCCCUUUCUCCCACUUUGUCCUCUAUACUUUUUCCCAUUCUUGAUUUUCUUUAUGACAUAAUUUGCUUAAAUUCAAAGCCUCCUGUCCCAUAAACAUCCUACCAGGAUAUUCCCAACUUUCAAAAUGUGAUGUUCUCAGCAGUAUAGUUAGUUUAUUGUCUUUGCAGCUACUCAAACACAAAUAUUCACAGACAUUAUGGAGAACAUCUCUGAGAGCCCCUCAUUCCUGAUUCAGUUCAUCUAAAUUCUGCAAGAGUCUUGUAGAGACAGAUGACUUAUGAACAAUGUGACUUCUAUUAACCAAUGAAAGUACAGUAGACUUCUUUCCCUUUUUUUCUCAGGGAUGAUGGGGAUUUCACCUUUUACCUUCUGAGGUAGAAUUUUAUGAGUGGGAAGAAUAGGCCUUUAUCACAAGGGUCUACAAUAUAACAUAACUUCUGCACACUGCAAGCAUCUCUUUAAAUUGUUCGGGAAAAUGAGCCAACUUCUUAUUUCUUAACAUCUGUGGAAAGACUUUUAGUAAGCAGUUUUAUAACCUUAAGGAUCAUCACUGCUGCCCUAUUCCUGGUGGAGGACAACAGUCUCCCUUCCUUUGAGAGGGCCAGUUGGGAUGCUUACUGUAUUCCUUAUCAUUACAGAACUACAAUAAAUGUUCUUCUAUUAUGAACAUAAAUCUGCUGAUUAGAGUUUUGUGCAUGAAAUACAAAAUGGCUUUUUAUAGAAAAUAAGUGCUUUUAAGUCUAAAAGGCUUAUCUCAUAAAUAAUGAUGUUGGCAAUAAAAGCCUUUGGAAGACUGAAAACCUAAGUAGUCGCACCAUAAUUAUUUGGUGCUUCUUUAAGAAUGGAGGGUGGCAGCUCAUUGUUGAGAGUUGCAUGCUGCAACCAAAUGGUCAGCAAUGAAAUAAAUACUUCUAGAAUGUU